AGACUGAUUGUGGCGCCGACUUUGAGGGCCAUCCCGCACUCCAGUCCCACAUCAGGGAGCGACACCUCCCACGCCCUCGGCCGCGUGUCGUGGAUGCAGGGGCUCCCAGAUAUCAAGGAGGGCGACAACGAAGAGCGCCCUCGGAAGACCGCGAAGGGUGGAGUGCGACAAAACCACGGUGCACGAGCGGCCAGCUCGGCAGGAAAAGGAAGCGACGGGAAGGAGAAGGCGGCGCCGAGGAAGGGCACGAAGCUGGUAGACUCGGGCGAGUUAGACGAUUCGGAGAUCGAUGUUGGCACAAUGAGGAAAUUCUUCCCAGUAGUGAUGCGGUUGUUACUGAAUGUGGCCCUCCGCCAGAGACAGCUAGAGUCGAUCGAGAUGAAAACGUUCAUCAUGUCGUCGGGGCUUCAGCCAGCGGUGAAAGCGAGAGGUCGAGUGCGCGCGUGGAUCAGGGCGGCAGAGGAGAUCAGGAAAGGCCCGCCGGAGGGGCAGAGCGACGUGAAGAUCCGCGAGACGGGGGCCAUCUCAGUGGCGUGCUACGCGGGCGUGUUCGAGGGGUUGCUCGCGGAGGGCGCGGAGGGCGGCCGCGCGAGCCGGCAGCAGCUGACGACGCCUGCCGAGGGGCAGGCGAAGCUGACGGUGCAGGAGAUGGGAGAGAUGGCACCGCUUGCCAAGAUCUCAGAUUGCUACGAGGAGGGGAGGUUGAAGUUGGUAGCGGCCUUCAGCGGGAGGCUCAACUUGCAGCCAGUGCUGCGCGCGCUGGUCCAGGCUGGGGCGGACUACAAGCAGGGAGCGGCCCCGAUGGGCCAUCUCGAUAGGCUGAUCCACGCGGAGCCCCACGAGCUCGAGGGCGCCAUGAUGGGCCAGGAGGGCCAGAGGAACGGGUUCGAAG